AUGAAGAAGUCAUUCAUUCCCUUGAUCAUCUUCACAUUUCUCUUGCUUUUGCUUUGCUCAACCACCAUGGGUGGUGAUGCUCUUUUUCCAACAUAUGAGGUUCAUAUCAUCAACGAUCUUCUAACCAACUCUCACUUCUUUUUGCUAGUUCGUUGCCAAUCAAAAGACGAUGAUUUCGGAAUGCAUAAGCUUGAAAGUGGUGAAGAAUUCUACUGGAGAUUCAAACCCAACAUUAUAAAAACCACUCUCUUCUUCUGCCAUUUUUAUUGGGAUACCAAAGAUGCAAUUUUUAAUGUUUACGAUAGGAAACUAGAUGAUGAUUAUUGCUACAAGUUUAAUACAUGUUACUGGAGUGUUAGAGAUGAUGGCUUUUAUUUCAGCGGUGAUAAUACGGCUCAGGCAACAUGGUCAAAAUUCAACGAUUGGACUCCUUAA